AUGUCAUCACGGACCGCGUUUACACCCUCGUCGUCUUCCUUGGCUACCGCGAAAGGCACGCGGCAUCCCGCCGCGAUCCCACCAGGCCAGAACUCGCCAUGCAAGCGCACGUCCGCUUUGCUUGAACUCGAGCUCAAGCUCAUCAAAUCUCAUGGCCAGAUGCUCGCGCACGCCCCCCGGAGCCCUGCUCUGCCAGUGCUGUACCUCCGUCGGUUUCUUCCCCAGUCCCACCGCACAGACCGAGAGCGACUCGCAGACUUGCAUCGGACACGACGACACACGUUGGCGUGGUGGCGGCUGCGAGCCUCUGCAUCCACGGGCAACUUGUGCAGCCAUUUUGGCGGUCGUCGGAACGCACAGCGACACGCUACGCUAGCCAUGCCCAGCUGGGCUCUGUCCUGGGUUCUGGACCCGGACCUCUGGAUGGCUCUGGGCUGUGGCUCUAGCCUCGAAGCCUCUAGCCUCAGAGGCUGCGAGCGCUCUGGGCGCCAAAGUAUGCACAGCGCGAGUCCCGGCCCACCCAACGCGCAGCUGAUGCUCUGA